AUGGGACCAGAGAUUGGGACAAGGUCGGUGCAGAGCUCUGAAUCAAAGAUUGGCAAUGGGGAAUCACUCCUGGACCUUGCAGAUGAGGAAGAGUCGAUCGUCGACGAUGCACUUGUGUUUCACGAUUUCACCCACACAGCCGAAGAAUCGCACUCGGAACUCAAAGAUCUGGAGCAGAAUAAUCGCGUCCGGAAAGAGAAUCAUUGGGAGAGGGAAGAGAGGUAG